AUGGGUUGGUUCUGGGCUGACGGACCUGCCACGGCUCCCGCCUCCGCGGCGCAUCCUCAUGCUGGGUCGCCUCCUCCCAGCUGCCCUAUGCAUAACAAGACUAUGGACGCCCUCAACGCGACGCCGAAACCAUCCGCCUGCCCCGUCCCUCACGAUCAACGCAACGCCGCACCUCCUCCGCCUUCAGCAUGCCCUGUCCCUCACGACCAGCGACACACCGCCGUUCCUCCCCCGUCGUCAUGUCCCGUACCUCACGACCAGCCGAAGCCCGAGUCCAAGUCCAUCCUCUCCCAGCUCAACCCCCUGAACUACAUGUUCAAGGACCUUUCCCAGGACCGCGCCAAGAACCAGACCAUGGCCCUUCCCACAGACCGAGAGCCCUCCACGAUACCAAGGAGCACCGGCGACGGGAACUGGGAGUACCCCUCGCCCCAGCAAAUGUACAACGCCCUGCUCCGCAAAGGCUACACCGACACCGACGUCACCGCCGUCGAGUCCAUGGUAUCCGUCCACAACGUGCUGAACGAAGGCGCCUGGGCCGAGAUCGUCGGCUGGGAAGAGCGCUUCAACAAGGGGCUGUACAAGGGCUGGCAGGCGUGCAGCCGCGGCGAGAAGAAUUCAGAGGAAAUGGUCGAGAAGAUGAAGGACGGCACGGAGGAGAUACCAACGUUGAUCCGCUUCCAAGGCAGGCCAAAGGACCUGACGCCCAAGGCUCGGAUGAUGCAGGUCCUCGGUGCGAUCUAUCCCGCCAAGUUCGAAACCGAACCCCCCUUCGACAGACACGAUUGGUUCGUCUCCCGCAAGGUCGGCGGCACGACCAGGGAGAUCCGAUACGUCAUCGACUACUACUCCGCCCCGAACGACGAGGACGACGAACCCGUCUUCCACCUCGACGUCCGCCCGGCCGUCGAUUCUCCCCUCGUUGCCGCCGAGCGGCUGAUCAGGUGGGGCGGCGACGUCUGGUGGAGGGCCUCCGGAGCCGAGGUGCGCGAGCAGGAGGCGCUCAAGGCGCAGCAGCAGAAGCAGUAG